AGCAAUCAGCCAUUCAGCCAUUCAGCCAUUAAGACUAUUCAGCCAUCUGGUUUCCAUAAAUCAUAAUUUCAUAGUUACAUUUUCAUAGUUAGUAUUAACUAUAAAGUAAUAACUAAGUAUUAGUUUUAUAUUUUAUUAUCUUAAGUAAAUAAGUAAUUACUAUAAAAUAAGAUAGAUCUAGAUGCCUAGAUAUUUUAGUUGAUAAGUACCGAAUAACCAAUAUAAUUGUUUAAAGAUGUUAAAUAUAGUUAAAUUUUCUGUAAACAAUUUAAACAAAUGCUGUUGGUGUACAAAGACUAUUGCCGUGCGAAGUUUAAACUCCUGGACUGGUGGUAAAAAAUACCUCGGAUUCACAUAUUACCCUAGAGAAGGUGAAGUUGACCCACCAUACACAGCGACAAAAUUAUUCAUGGUUCAGAGAGUUAAACGUUAUUUAUAUAAUCCGUAUUGGCAAAAAAAAAUAUUGACCGACAUGGGCUUAGAUCAUAAAGGUAGUGAUAUAGCUAUUGUAAAAAAUACACCAGAAAUGAAUGCACGAUUGUGGAAAGUUAAACAUUUAAUAAAAAUAACACCAAUACAAACACCUGACGGGUUACCAGAAAAAGAAGAAUAUUGGGGUACACAUUUAGAUACUGAAGGUGUGUUUAGGAUUUCCAAAACAUUUUUACCUGAUACUAAGCGUUUAGAAGCUACUGAAGACUUUGAAAAAUUGGACAAGCGAGUUGAUAAAGAUACAGUGGAAAAAAAUUGUCGGAACAAGUGGUUGAAUCCAUGGUCAACUAUUGUAUAAUUUACAAUUAAUGUUCUUUGUAGUAAUAUAAAAUACCCAAGUAUAAUUUUUCACAAUUUUUUUUAAAUUUUAUUUAGUUCAGUUAAAAUAUUAUUAUGUUGAUGAAUAAAAUAAACAUAAUUUUAUUUUGC